GUCUUUGAUAAGACGUGGUGGUGAUUGAACUUGUUUCACAGUAGUUAGGCAAAGUGUUCUAGUAAACGAUGUUAAUGGAUUUUUUACGUGGGUACUAACUGGUGUAAAGGAUUCAGUUUAAACUCAAUGCAGAAGGAUUGCAGAUUAGGAAGUACCACCUCCAAGCAACCAGAUGACUGAUCCAAGUUCAAGGUUUUUCCACCUUUCGAUCAGCCAGGAUGAGAAGAAACUGCACAUUGUCUGGGAAGGUAUACUGGAGUGUAUCAGUUACAUCAAGACUCCUAGUAAAGUCCACAAAAACUUGAAACCAAUCCGAGCUCAGAUCUCCAUGAAGGUGAGGGAUGUGAUCAGGGGUGAAGAGGAACAAGUGAAAGCUGAGUUCUGGCCUCGGAAGAUAUUACUGCAGCUGUUGCCGGAUCAUGUGGUAUCAGAAGCUAUGCCUGAUGCCUUCUUUUUUUGCAAAAAGCUUUUUUUACAUCCGCAGGAUUGUGAAGCUCUCGGGGCUAUCAGUGAAAUAUUGAUGAACACUUAUGUUGGCGUUCUGCACAUUAACUGUCAGUCCAGUGACACGAUAUUGAUGAUCCUUCUUUACACGCCCUGCAAUGAACGGUACGACUGUUUCAUCCCCAAAAACCAAACAUUAUUCUAUGACACACUGCAAAUGAUCAUUCAGUACCAAGAGGAAAAUUCUCUGCCUCUUAACGUUCCGAUUGUAGGCUAUACCUGGUUUCACAAGCUGGUAGGACAUGAAGUGCAGACUACCUGGCGAGGUACGUUGGAGUGGACGCAGGAGUACAAGUCUCCCAGCUACACCAAGACAAGCACAUUUCGCAUGCCUUGUGAAAUCUCUUGCUUCAGCAAUAAAUCGGAGGCAGAAAUAGACGGUUACAAUUGGCCUGAGAAGCUGACUAUGGAGCUUGUUCCUGCUCAGGUGAUAAAAAAUGUCGGUGAAAGUUUCCAGAAGAACAGCAAAACAAUUCUGUUACAUCCCGAGCCGUCCGAGGCUCUCCAUUCUCUCACUUCACUUCUGAUUUCUGGUUUUGCCGGCUGUGUGCACAUUCCCAGUCAGCAGGAUUCCCCCAAUGACAUCAAAGUGAUGGUCCUCAUGUUCAACACCAAAUGGAAGGGACUUUAUCAGGGUUUCGCCCCUAACAACCAAGAGGGAUUUGUCAACAAACUGUGCAAUGCCACCCAGGACGAUAAUACUCCUCAGACCAUGAAGCAACAGAAACAGGAUUCAGAAGAGCGGGCAAUUAUCUGGCAAGGUGUGUUGGGGUUUCCUGUGUUGAUCAACCACUGGCAGACCACCUUAAGAUCAGCAGUCUGCCAGGUCUCUGCCAAGAGCAACAAUGGACAACCAGAAGUGAGAGCUGAGUUAUGGUCCCAGAAAGUGAUAAUGCAGCUGUUGUCGGGAAGUGUGAUUAGAGAAGUCUGUACAGCUUUCUUCAGGAACUCCAAAUCAGUUCUGUUACAUCUCCAGCCCUGUGACGCCCUCAUGUCACUGAAUCAGGCGUUCAUGUCCGGUUAUCGUUGGUGGAAGGAUGUUGAAGAGUCUAGCCCCGAUAUAGGACGGUUUUUUUUCAUAGGCAGUCAGGUGAUGUGCUGGGAGUCUGUAGUUAGCUCUGUUCCUAGUGUUAUAAGGAUGUGUAUCCAAGAAUUGGACGAGUCCAUUGUUAACUGCAUAGAUUUGGCUGACUUCUGCGGUCGAGUUACGGUGAGUCCUGGUCUUGGUCAGUGGAGGUUCAGUGUUUUUAUCGCAGAUUUGACUAACUUCUGCGGUCGAGUUGAGGUGAGUCCUGGUUUUGGUCAGUGGAAGUUCAGUGUUUUUAUCGCAGAUUUGGCUGACUUCUGCGGUCGAGUUGAGGUGAGUCCUGGUUUUGGUCAGUGGAAGUUCAGUGUUUUUAUCGCAGAUUUGGCUGACUUCUGCGGUCGAGUUGAGGUAGUAGCGCCAGCACAGAACCUUAGCAUGAACACAACACCGGAGCAGAUAGACCCAGCAGAGCAGGAGGCAAGCCAAGAACUUCACACCAUCUGGCAGGGCAUGUUGGAGUGGAUCGAGAAGUCCAAAACACCCAACGAUGCCCAGAAGAACACAAGACAUGUGCCCUGUCAAGUUUCUGCCCACAGCAAAGAUGGAGAGCCAGAACUGAAAGCUGACUCCUGGCCUCAGAAGCUGAUUAUGCAGCUGAUACCCAAACAGCUGAUAGAAAACAUUGGCGGAGCGUACCUCAAAAACUCCAAAUCAGUUCUGUUCUACCCCCAGCCCUGCGAGGCUCUCGAGUCCCUCACUAGAAUGAUGUGUUCUGGUUUUGCUGGCUGUGUGCACUUUACCAGUCUGCCGUCGUCUACCUGUGACAUCAAAGUGUUGAUCCUCCUGUACACCGCCGAGAAGCGAGCGUACCUGGGUUUCAUCCCCAAUGAUCAAGCAGCAUUCGUAGACAGUCUGCACAAUGUCAUUCAACACCAGAAAACUUCUCAGGCCUUGAGUUGACAGGGACAGGCAGGAGCACCAGCACAGAACCUUAGCAUGAACACAACACCAGAGCAGAUAGAUCCAGCAGAGCAGGAGGUCCUCCUUCCGUAGAAUUCGUUUAGCGAGUAUAAUGGUCGAUCCAGUAGCCAGUUCUUGAGGGUUUGUCUGAAGUGUUUCCGGUCCGUCAUUUUCAAGUCUUCAGGAAGUGCAUUCCACAUCUUGGCACCAGCAAAAUUCCAAUUACAAUUUUUUUCCCUACAGUUCUGUUCCAAUUACCAUUUCUAGAGUAGUUUUUAAACUUUUUAAGCUGGGCAGAUUAAUUUAUUUUUUUUCUAUUUCUUAACUUUUCCAAAUUAGUUUCCAUACACUUUUUUCAAGAUUAACUUACUCUGAGAUGGGAUUUUUACUUAAAAUUCAAAAUAUCCGGGUAUUUAUAAACAUUGGGAAUUUAACCUGAUUCAUAAGUACCUGGUUAUUUUCCAUCAUUAAAUGUGCCUGUUUUUCUGUGCUAUGUGUAGAUGAUAAUACCUUGGUUUUUUCAGAUAGUGACUUCUAUAAUGUAAUGUUUUUGAAUCAGCAAGCACUUGGUUCUGUAAUAAUCUAGUCAUAAAUGAAAGUUAAUCUGAAUUAAUCAACUUCACAGUGAACUACUGCUUACUGAUUCCCUCUUAAAAAUAUGCUUAAUAACAAUGGUCCACAAAACAAUGUAAAACUUUUGGGUAUGAUGUUUGAUAGCACCUUAAAUAGGGAACCACAUACAUCAGUCCUAUGUAAGAAACUGGUGAGAGUUGUGUUCUUACUUAGAAUAAUGAAAUGAUCAGUUACCUGGGAUACCUUAUGGCUAACCUAUUACGGUUUUCCCCUCUUUUAUUAGUUGUAGUAUAAGGCAAGUUUGGGUAACUCAAAUCAUUCUCUUAACACGUUCACGAUGACGUGUACCCCAACAGUUGCACGCAAUCUUUCAUAACUGCUAUCGUGUACCCCAUCAGUUACAAGCGAUCUUUCAUAACUGCUAUCGUGUACCCCAUCAGAUACACGCGAUCUUUCAUAACUGCUAUCGUGUACACCAUCAGUUACACGCGAUCUUUCAUAACUGCUAUCGUGUACCACAUCAGUUACACGCGAUCUUUCAUAACUGCUAUCGUGUACCACAUCAGUUACACGCAAUCUUUCAUAACUGCUAUUGUGUACCCCAUCAAUUACACACAAUCUUUCAUAACUGCUAUCGGUACCCCAUCAAUUACACGCAAUCUUUCAUAACUGCUAUCGGUACCCCAUCAAUUACACGCAAUCUUUCAUAACUGCUGUUGUGUACCCAGUACCGCAUUUCCCUAUAGGCCCAGGCCUAGGGCGCAAAAUUUUAGGGGGCGCAUAAAUUUUAAAGUACACAAAAGAAAAAAGUUGCGGCGGUGGGUGGUGUUGGCGCUCGGCGGGGCGGGUGGCCAAGGUCAACUAGGUCCGGGGUGCGACGUUGACUCCCCUUUUGACAAAUGAUUGAACUCGUCCAGCCAGCCACUCCGCGAGACAGUAGCUAAUUGCAUUGCACCUGUUAGUCAGUAGUCACUGUGUAUGUGUUUUGGUUGUUGGCCAUUGACCGCGUCCCCGCGUGAAGUGUUGUCAGCGUUGUGAUUGUGAUGUGAAUCUAUAUAAGCUGUUAACUACAAGCAGGUCUUGGUUUUAUAUUUUUUUACUCAUUAUUGUAACUGUCAGACUCGUAUAUUAAUCGUAUAUUAUGCUAUUAAGAGUCAAUUCUUGUUCUUUAUGAUAGUUAGUUAUUUUUAGUGUAGUGGCUUGAGAUGCGACGACUGUUUUAAUUAAGAUGUCUGCGUGUGAAGAGUGAUAGGUGAAGUUUUACUUUUUCACAUAUACUAUAGUAUAGAGAAAGUAUUGUGAUUGACGUGGUUGUAAAAAAAUCGAAUUUGAAAUUUUAAUGGAAUUAUCCGUUUUAGGUCCCCAGAGUAAAAAAAUGGGUUUUACUUUUACAAAAUGUCUGUAUAUAUGUCUGCCUGUGUGUCCGUGUCCCGAUGUACAGCAAAAACUACUGGUCCAAUUUUGAUGAAAUUUGGUACAUUUAUGUCAAUUGGGCUUGGGCUCUUAUGGAUGCACGAGGAAGGCUUUUGAAAUAUUCCACAAAUAAAAUGUAAUUUUAGGGAAAAACGACUUUAAAAACAGGUUUUUUUGCAUUGAUCAAUAAUUUUUACUUUAUUGAUUACAAAAUUAAUACCACCAUUCAAACUAGCGUAAAAAAUACAUAAACAAGGACUUGAAUUUUUUUAAUACCUCACUUAAGAUUUACUCAGCAAAGCAGCACAUCACUGUUUGUUAAUAAAUACAACGUUUUAGAGACUUUUAAUUUACAAAAUUAGCUUUUAUCCUAGGCCUCACGACACGUUGCCGGAUACCACUAUAUACGUUUGUUUUGAGGCACAGGAGGAAGUGAGCCAAAAAUAAUUGCCAUUAAAAUUUUUAUUUAUCUAGGCCUAUAUGGGGCACAACAACUGUUGACCGAAACAUACACUUGUGAAAUUUUGUAUGUAGAUUACUUGUUUGAUUCCUGAUUUGUAGGUCUAAAUUAGUUAACUGGUUAAGUGGUAGAACGGUAGAAACUACCGUAAGUUGGGUUUUAUCAGUUAUCACAUUUUUUUUCGUUAAAAUACGUUUUGAUCGAUUGCAAUUGUAUAAAAACAUAACAGUUUUUUAAUCGUAAUUUUAACAUAUCCUAAACGCAGUACUAUUGUUUACAAAGUAUUCUUUAUCGGGUAAAUAUUUACAUAACAUGGCUCCUUAUGAGUGAAACUUCAGACAUUUUCUUAAUAACAUAUAAUUAUUUUCAAUAAAAUUGCACAUUUAAAAAUAAGGGUGGGGUGAAUUAUUGUUUUUAACUACUUUUAUAAAUCUUAGGGAUUAUAUCUGUUCAUCCGAAGAAUUACGGAUGGGCUCGAAUUAUCUUAAAUGCAAAGAAAGUUCUAAUGCUUCCAGUAAAGUGUUCAUGUUUGAGUGUCAUAAUAUUUGCGAAACUUCAACAUUUGAUGAAAAUUCAAUAGACGCAUGUUCUCUAUCUCAAGCCACUGAAAAUCUGUAUACCGGUAAUAAUAAUGAGAUUGCAAUAAUCUGCUUGUGGUUGAUAGCUUAAGUGUGUACGUUCUUACUGUUUACAUAAUUUAUCUUGGUAUAGGUUACAACAAUUUAAGUUGAAAUAUGUUUUCUACGCCACAUUAAUAUAACAAAAACAACAAUGUCUAAAAAACUAAGUGGUGCUGGAUUUCGAAAAAGAGCUAAACAAAAAGAAGAACAGAAUGAACAGAUAUUAUCUAAAGUUCCGAAAAUUAGUGGUUAUUUUCUGACAGGAAAGAAACAACCCUGUUCAGUUGCUGUUGCUCUUGCUAGUGAAAGUGUAACGGCACCCAAAAGUCAGAACCUGGACGAUGUAGUUGAACAUGAAGGUGUUGGUGUUGUUAAUGCCAGUGUAAGUGUUGCUUGUCCAGUUACUGGAGAAAUUAAUGUAGCAGAAUCGGGAAGUCAGAUCGUGGAUGAUGUACUUGAAGAUGAAGGUGUUGUUUGUGUUGGUGUUGCCAAUUCAGAGAACUUGCAAAGUCUAUCGGACAUUUUAGAGGCAGAGCCAGAGUCCCAAACAGAAAUAAAUAUAUCUAAUGACCCUGCUUUGUGGAACAUAGACGAUAAAACUAGAGAACACAGUUAAAAAUGGGUUCAAACAAAAUGUUGAAGCUGAUUUUUUGGCUUCCGAGAGGAUUUACGGGGUAAAAAAAAGGUGGUGUACUAAGGGUUAUUUUGAAAAACGCCUUAAGAAUGGUGAAAUUAAAACCCGUGAUUGGAUUGUUUACUCUUCUUCAAAGGCAUCAGUGUUUUGUGCUUAUUGCAGACUUUUUGGGCACCCUGCACCUGCAUCCUCUUUAUGUGAAGAAGGAUUUAAUGACUGGAAAAAUGCUGUAGCCGUACUACAGUCUCAUGAAAACUCUCCCGCCCACCGAAAUUCGGUUUUAUCUUAUGUUAGUAGAGCUACAGUAGAAAACCGCAUAGACAAAACUUGUUGAAGCUUGUGAAUCUGAUAUAAAAUAUUGGCGUGAAGUUUUAAAACACGUUGUUGCGACCAUUAAAUACCUUGCUACUAGAGGUUACCCCUUCAGAGGAUCAGACAAUUUAUUCGGUUCAAGCAGAAACGGUGCAUAUAUAGGCGCACUUGAACUAUUGGCACAAUUUGAUCCAUUUCUAUCCCAGCAUAUAUCUAAACAUGCCUACAAAGGCCAAGGUAGUACAUCUUACCUUUCACAUUUCACUUGCGAUGAAAUAAUUUUAAUAAUGGUCAACACUGUGCUCAAAAGUAUUAUCCGAGAAUUGAAGGAAGCUAAAUACUACUCCAUAAUUGUGGAUUCCACCCCAGAUAUUGCCCAUGUAGAUCAACUUACUGUAGUUGUGCGAUAUGUCUUGCCCAAUGGAAGGGACACUGCGCCAGUUGAGAGGUUUUUACAGUUCCUCCCAAACACUGGCCACAAAUCGGAACAGUUGGCUACAGCUUUGUUGAAAAUCUUAGAGUGUCAUGGUAUUAAUAUAAAAGAUUGUCGUGGCCAGAGUUAUGACAAUGCGUCUAACAUGGCAGGAGUGUACUCUGGUCUUCAAGCCAAAAUGAAGGAACAAUGUCCACUGGCAGAUUACAUUCCAUGCUCUUCACACUCCUUGAACUUAGUUGGAGUAGCUUCAGCAGAGGCAUCAGAUAAAGCUGUAGCAUUUUUCGACCUAGUGCAGGGGAUAUACAAUUUUUUUUCUGCUUCAACUCAUUGCUGGGAGAUUCUCAAAAGUAUCCUUAAAGAUAGAUUCCCAGUUGUAAAAUCACUUUCAGUUACCAGGUGCCGACGCCCUCAAAGCAGUUUAUAAUUCAUUCACAGAAAUAGUAAAGGCUUUAGAAUCCAUAAUAAAUAAUGUAAAUGAAAAGCCUGCAACUCGACAAGAGGCCAAAGGAAUAAAAAAUAAAAUGAUGAAACUUGAAAACUUCUUACUUAUCUUUUGGAAAGAGGUAAUGGAACGAUUUUGGAAGGUAAAUGCUACUCUGCAACACGAAAGUAUCGACCUUGGAACCGCAGGAGCACUAUUUGACUCGCUCAAAUCUUAUGUCAAUCAACUAAGAAACAAGUUUGACGUAUAUGCAUCAGCAUCAGAAAAGUUGUCUAACACAGGUGAUUGGGGAGAAAGAAGAGCAAGAAAACGGAACAUUUUUUUUGAUGAAAUUGCCAACAACAAUGAAAAUAACGAGCCUGUUCACCCCAAAGAAAUGUUCCGAGUCAACGUGUUUUUCGUAAUUGUAGAUAGAUUAUCUACAGAACUCAACAAAAGGGCAAACGCUUACACGGGCGUCGAGCACAAGUUUGGAUUUUUGUUGAAGUUGGAGACAUUGGAAGACAACGUCAUCAAAUCAAAAUGCAAAGAGGUAGUUGAACUCUACAAAGAUGAUUUGGAAGAAUGCUUCUUAGAUGAGUGUGUCCAAUUUAAGUUCUAUUUAAAAAGUGAAAACUCAGAGAGGGAAAGGGAAAAUAAGACGAAACAGAAACCAUCCUUCAAGACUCUUCUCCAAUUAAUUUAUGGCAAGAGCUUGCAGCACAUAUUUCCAAACAUGGAAAUUGUUUUAAGAACAGUUUUAAGUACAGCUGUCACCAACUGCAGCGGUGAACGCUCGUUUUCUGUCUUAAAACGAGUGAAAAACCAUUUACGAAACUCUCUAAGCCAGUGCAAAUUAAAUGCACUUUCUGUUAUGGCGAUAGAAUCCGACCUCACUGAAAGCCUGGACGUAGAAGAAUUAACACGUACUUUUGUUGAGUCAAAGCAAAGAAGAAAAUUGUAAUGACUUAAUGAUUUUGAGCCUUUGGCUAAUUGGCUUUCUUUUGGGCAUUUGGAUGUUUGCCCAAAACACCAAACUUUCUUCUCUUGUACAAAGUAUUUAUAUCGUAGCUGCAAAAUUAAUUUUUUCAUCAAAUAUAAUAUGUUUCAAAUUAUCUUAUGUGUACUCAUGUUAUUAUUUCUAGCUGUAUUUUACGUUUUUUUCAUUUUUUGAUUGAAAUCAAAUAAAAGACUUUAAAAACUCAUAUGUUUUAACUUAUUUUUACACCAUACAAAUGACCACUGUUAUUAUAACAAUAGCUAGAAUAUUAUGUUGCAACUGGUUCAUUGCUUUUAUUUAUUCAAAACACUCCUAUAUUUAUAUAUUUAUUUAUACUAUUGUAAUUAUCUUUCAUCAAAAUUACGUAAUUAAGAAAAUUACUGGAUUUCUACGUCAGUGUAAUCAGAGUCCUCUUGGGGGGGGGGGGGCACUCUUUGGUCUGUAGGCCUAGGGGCGCCGAAUUUGUAAAUGCAGCCCUGUGUGUACCCCAUCAGUUACACACGAUCUUUCAUAACUGCUAUUGUGUACCCCAUCAGUUACACGCAAUCUUUCAUAACUGCUAUUGUGUACCCCAUCAGUUACACACGAUCUUUCAUAACUGCUAUUGUGUACCCCAUCAGUUACACGCAAUCUUUCAUAACUGCUGUUGUGUACCCCCAUCAGUUAAAGACUGGGCUUUCGUAAAUUGUUGUGCGCCCGAUGGGGGGUACACAUUGCUACGCAUUUCCUUACUCAUUUUUUAUUGUUUGCCUCUCUUGGUGGUUUGUUAAAUUUGAUCCCGAGCAUAAAUAAAUACCUCAGACUAUUGUGUACCCUGUUGGAUGGUCAACUGCUUAAUUUUAAGAUAAAUUAAUAUUUUUAGGUACCCCAAACACGGAGAAACGUGUUAGCCGUUGUCGUGAACAUGUUUAUCCAGCAAAAGAAGCAAUCAAAAUUUUGGACAAUUCAGCAAGCAGAGACAAUGAUAAUGUUAAUUUAGUUGCUCAAAACUCAAAGUUAUGACUGUUCCCUCUCUAUAUUUUUAUCAAUUUACAUUUUGCUCAUUAUAAUACUGAUAGAUUAUCUACUCAAAGUUGUAGUCAUAGUCAUUUACAAAGACUAUGUAAUAUUGUAACUUGACUUGUAAGGCUCUCUAUAACCAUCAAGUCAUGUAUACCAGUAGCUCACAACUUACCAAGAUAACCAGAUCAAGCAAUGUUGAGUGUGGCGGCUGCUUCGAUGGGUGACCGCUGAGCGAUCCUGUCCUUGCAAGCAGUCCGGCCAUUGGUAGUGGUUUGGAAGAUACCUUUAAGCCGUUGAUCCCCAGGUUAAGUGUUAGAGAGGGCUUCUUAGCCAUAACUUCACCAGGUAAAAUAAAACAUCUUUACUUUAUUUUAAUUUUUUAAUGUAAUAAAUUUGCCUUUUGAGAAUUUUAAUAUGGUUUAAACUAAAUGGAUAUAAAAAAUCAAACUCUCUACUCAAUUGAUGAAUAUAUGAAUAACAAUUUCAAUUUUGUUCUUUGUGUUAGUCAAUGUUACCUUGCUCAUCUAGUUUUCUUUUUUAUUUUAACCUGAUGUAUGAAUGUUAUUUACAUUACCUCUUUGUUACUAUAAUGUUUGUACCACAUAUGACAGUAUUGCCCAUUUAGUAAAAUUUUACUAAAAUAAUUUUUUUAAAGAAUAUUUUAUCCUAUUAAUAAUUGUAUUGAUAAAAACGAAUGUAUAUUUAACUGAUAUUUAGGUUACAUAUAUGAUACGUUAUGUACUGGAACUGUACUUUUUAAUCUGGCCUGUCAAAUUGUAAACAACAUUUAAUGGCAUUAAACUAUUUUCUGUUGUCUA